AUGUGUCUGGUUCUGUUGUGGCUCAAGUUGUCCUCUCACUCUUCCUCACCUCUGCCCCUCACUCUUCCUCACUCUUCCUCACCUCUGCCCCUCACUCUUCCUCACCCCUGUCCUCUCACUCUUCCUCACCUCUGCCUCUCACUCUUCCUCACCUCUGCCUCUCACUCUUCCUCACCUCUGCCUCUCACUCUUCCUCACCUCUGCCCCUCACUCUUCCUCACCUCUGCCUCUCACUCUUCCUCACCCCUGUCCUCUCACUCUUCCUCACCUCUGCCCCUCACUCUUCCUCACCUCUGCCUCUCACUCUUCCUCACCCCUGUCCUCUCACUCUUCCUCACCUCUGCCUCUCACUCUUCCUCACCUCUGCCUCUCACUCUUCCUCACCUCUGCCUCUCACUCUUCCUCACCCCUGUCCUCUCACUCUUCCUCACCUCUGCCUCUCACUCUUCUUCACCUCUGUCCUCUCAUUCUUCCUCACCCCUGUCCUCUCACUCUUCCUCACCUCUGCCUCUCACUCUUCCUCACCUCUGCCCCUCACUCUUCCUCACCUCUGCCUCUCACUCUUCCUCACCUCUGCCUCUCACUCUUCCUCACCCUGUCCUCUCACUCUUCCUCACCUCUGCCUCUCACUCUUCCUCACCUCUGCCUCUCACUCUUCCUCACCUCUGCCCCUCACUCUUCCUCACCUCUGCCUCUCACUCUUCCUCACCUCUGCCUCUCACUCUUCCUCACCUCUGCCUCUCACUCUUCCUCACCUCUGCCUCUCACUCUUCCUCACCUCUGCCCCUCACUCUUCCUCACCUCUGCCCCUCACUCUUCCUCACCUCUGCCUCUCACUCUUCCUCACCUCUGCCUCUCACUCUUCCUCACCUCUGCCCCUCACUCUUCCUCACCUCUGCCCCUCACUCUUCCUCACCUCUGCCUCUCACUCUUCCUCACCCCUGUCCUCUCACUCUUCCUCACCUCUGCCUCUCACUCUUCCUCACCUCUGCCUCUCACUCUUCCUCACCUCUGCCUCUCACUCUUCCUCACCUCUGCCCCUCACUCUUCCUCACCUCUGCCUCUCACUCUUCCUCACCUCUGCCCCUCACUCUUCCUCACCUCUGCCUCUCACUCUUCCUCACCUCUGCCUCUCACUCUUCCUCACCUCUGCCUCUCACUCUUCCUCACCUCUGCCUCUCACUCUUCCUCACCUCUGCCUCUCACUCUUCCUCACCUCUGCCUCUCACUCUUCCUCACCUCUGUCCUCUCACUCUUCCUCACCUCUGCCUCUCACUCUUCCUCACCCCUGUCCUCUCACUCUUCCUCACCCCUGUCCUCUCACUCUUCCUCACCCCUGUCCUCUCACUCUUCCUCACCCCUGUCCUCUCAUUCUUCCUCACCCCUGUCCUCUCACUCUUCCUCACCCCUGUCCUCUCACUCUUCCUCACCUCUGCCUCUCACUCUUCCUCACCCCUGUCCUCUCACUCUUCCUCACCCCUGUCCUCUCACUCUUCCUCACCUCUGCCUCUCACUCUUCCUCACCCCUGUCCUCUCAUUCUUCCUCACCCCUGUCCUCUCACUCUUCCUCACCCCUGUCCUCUCACUCUUCCUCACCUCUGCCUCUCACUCUUCCUCACCCCUGUCCUCUCACUCUUCCUCACCUCUGCCUCUCACUCUUCCUCACCUCUGCCUCUCACUCUUCCUCACCUCUGCCUCUCACUCUUCCUAACCUCUGCCUCUCACUCUUCUUCACCCCUGUCCUCUCACUCUUCCUCACCUCUGUCCCUCACUCUUCCUCACUCUUCCUCCCCCCUGCCCCACAGCGCCCCCCUCAGUCCAGCCCACAAAGACCACAUGCACAAGCCCAUGGAGGUGGCGGGUCCUGGGGGGAAGGCCACCAUCAUCCACGCCCAGUACAACACGCCCAUCAGCAUGUACUCCCAGGACUCCAUCAUGGACGCCAUCGCAGGCCAGACCCAGGGCCAGACCCAGGGCCACACCCAGGGCCACACCCAGGGCCACACCCAGGGCCACACCCAAAGCCAGAGCCAGGGCAUGGGUAUAGUCCCAGUUAGAGAGAGCCUUGUAGACAGCAGCUCUCCGGUGUACCAGGCCGUGCACAGGGCAGAGGCGGACCCCCAGCAGAACCAGGCCGGCCGCAGAACCACCUCCAGCUCCUCCGCCCAGUCUAGGAGCUUCCAGGCCCUAGUGACCCUGACCGGGACCGACUCAGUAACAGACGAGGAGGACGAGGAGCAGAGGAGCAGGUAG